CCAGUAGAGACCCAGAAGGAGCAAUGAAGUUUCCACCAUUAUCACCAUUAAACCAUUAGAAUUUCAGUGAGGGUUUCUAUUGUUUGUUUGUUUGUUUUUCAGCAGGGUGGAUUGGCAAUUAUGUUAUAGCCAGAUAUUAAAGUGUUGGAAUAAAUCCAUUUUUAAGGACACGAGUGUUGAGGUCAUAUCCAUAUGUGUUUUCAGACUUUUGGGUAAGCGCUUCAAAGGCUGCUUCAGUACCGUGGAGAGCGGCCACACGGGCGUGAAGGAAUGAAGUAUCGCGAGCGCAGAGGCCCCGCCGAUCACGAGCUCAUUAGCAUCAUCGCACUCAUCCCUCGCCGAACGGAUGAACGCGUGUGUAUGAGGACUGUGACGUGAUUGUUUUUACUCCUGUAUCCUGAAAUUACAUCUCACAAUAUAACGGAAUUGGAAAACAUCACCCUUCUUUGCAAGUCCAUCGCUCACUCACUCACUCUUGUAAAGGCAUCAGAUUCGUGGGUGAACGCGCGAGAAGGGUUUUAAUAUUAAAGUUUGACUUAGGUGAUCCGAAAAAACUCCACUCUCCAUGGCAGAAAACAAUUUCCCCCCUCUUCCACGGUUCAUUCCUCUGAAGCCAUGCUUUUACCAAGACUUCAACGAGAUUCCAGACCAAUUCCGGACAAUGUGUAAACGGAUGUAUUACCUUUGGAUAUUAAACAGUGCCACCCUAGCCGUGAACCUGAUUGGUUGUCUGGCAUGGAUGUGCGGUGGGGGCGGGGCAACCAAUUUUGGAAUGUCUAUUCUGUGGCUAAUACUGUUCACCCCAUGCUCAUACGUGUGCUGGUUUAGGCCCAUCUACAAGGCCUUCAAGACAGACAGCUCUUUCAACUUUAUGGCGUUUUUCUUUGUAUUCAUGGCACAGGUGGUGAUCAGUAUCAUUCAGGCAGUUGGAAUCCCAGGAUGGGGAGUGUGUGGCUGGCUGGCCACCAUCACAUUUUUCAGCACUAAUAUCGGCUCUGCUGUUGUUAUGCUGAUUCCCACCAUCAUGUUCACUGCCGUGGCUGUGUUCUCGUUCAUUGCCCUCACCAAGGUUCACAACUUCUACCGUGGCAGUGGGGGCAGCAUGAGCAAGGCUCAGGAAGAAUGGACCACUGGUGCAUGGAAGAACCCUCAUGUCCAGCAGGCAGCACAGCAGGCAGCAAUGGGGGCUGCACAGGGGGCUGUGCAGGGUCAACAGUACUCCGCUGCCCCAACUUACAACUAUAAUGAGCCAAUGUAGUUCCUUUUCAACCACAGUGGGGGGGGAGGGGACAAUAACAGGGUACUUGGGAGGGCGUUACAGAAGGAUAAAGUCAAUGACUGCUUGAAAUUGGGGGAAGGAGAAAGGCAAGCCAUAUGCGACCAAUCGGAAUUCAAACAGGUUCUCACUAUUACAACAAUGCAUAAACUUUUACUUAAGAGUGUGCGAUAGUUUAAGGAGUUGCUCUUUGGUAUUUAGACACCCACCAUCCAUAGGAAAUCAUCAGUCUUACCGUGAGGUAUUAAGGCAGAUUUAAUUAAUGGUUAUGUAUUGUUUUUCCACUUAUUUUAUUUUAAAACGUGGCUGAACUAGAGCACCAAUAAGGAAACAUUCCAAUGCUCACUGUGUUACUAUAGUAACUAGAUUCUCACUUGUUUUUCAGAUUCGUCUGUGUGGUAUUUGCAAGCCAGUUAUACUGUAUUUUUGAGUUGGCUUUUAGUUUUCAAGAACACAUUUGGACAAUUUAACAAAUGCUUCUUUACUCUCACGUCUUACUAGUAAACGUAUGUUUUAUGCACAGAGAGUGGAGAAAAAAAUCAACACUCGAAAAUAAAUUGACAUGCAGUUGAAAAAGUAUAACACUUAUAAAUUGCAUCUUUCAAUUUUGAGUACAAAGGUCUUACAAAAGUUUUUUUCUUUCCGUUAAUUACCUCUUUCCAUGUUGUUUCUUUAAUUUAUGUUAAGGUACUGGGAAAGCCAUAUGUUUAGGUUGUUUUUAGUUGUGUUUGGAUUGUGUUCAAGUUUGUAUUUUUAAAUGUGCAAAUGCAUUGUUAAUGUUGUUUUGUUACCUCAGGAUACAAUUGUCAGGUUUGGCUAAUGAAAUCGAUUAGAUUAAAUAUUUGUACAUGUUUUACCUUUGUACAUUAGUUCAAUUUAAACGCUUUUGAAUAUAGAAUAAAUCUUUAGCCUGUUCUUAGCCACUGAAUCACAACACUGAAUGUUCUGAAUCACUGAAAUCGUAACUGUUUUACGAAUUAUCCGAGACACUUGACUAAAUUUGGUAGUUUCUGUAAAUAUCAAAUUGUAUCUUGUAUGUGUUUCAUUCUCCACUGAACAAGGGGUGAAUACCCGCAAUUAAACCACACAUUUUGUCUCAAGUACAAUAUAAAUGGUAUCAUAUUAAUGGUUAAUUACUCUUAUAGUUUGAAUAUUUAAGGGAUUUUCUAUAAAUAUUUGCAGUCUGGUGCAAGUAACUGCUAUGUGAAUUUCCUGAAUUACAAAAAUGUAGAGAUUAUUUAAUUCUGGAUUGAGGAAAUUGAUGUAUUUUUUUUAUUUUAACAGUGUAAUGUAUAGCAAAGUGUUCAUCUAGAUUAAUCGUUCAAAUUCAACUGAAUUUAAAGAUUUAUGGAAAUGAAUAUGGUCGAGUAUGGAAUUGGAUUACAGUUAUAUGUUCAGUUGUGCUUAUCCACAUUUAGAGAGAGAUUAAAUGGAUCAUAAUUAUAGUGUACAGUAUCUUGUUAUCUAUAUGUCUUUAUCAAGGCAAAAUAUACCUUCAGUCAUUUCAGGAACUGUGAAAUGUUCAAAAAGCCCAUGUGUGAUAUUUCUCAUGUAUGUUUGGGGAGGUUUUUUGUUUUGUUUGUUUAUGUAAAAACCUCCCAGAUAGCACACGUAUAUCUCUGAUAUUUAUUAUUAUUAUUAUUAUUAUUAUUAUUAUUAUUUAUCUUUUCAUUUGGUAAUCAUAACAUAACAUCUGCUAAAAAUAUUAAAAGGAUCAGAUUUACGAACAUGCUACAUCAUAAACAUCUCAAAGACAUCUGACAUUGAAUGUCUUCUUGACUUAUUGCAGAUGAGCAAACAACCUAAUAAAUACAUCCUCUACAUAUAAACAAAUCUUGGUGAUGUACGUGUGCUAUCUGGGCUGUCUUUGUUACUUUUUCUAUAAUGUGUAUGUAUUUGAGUGUAAUUGUUUCUCAAUGUGAUCCAUUGCACAAUUUUUGUGGGACUUGCUAAGACAGGACAUCUUGUUCUAAGCUUUGGAUGAAGUUUUGUCCCUAAAUAACGUCCAUAGUGCUCAGAACGCCCUCAAGUGGUAUGGAUGUGUGAAACUUUACCUUUAUUGUCAGCUAAGAAAACAUAGUAGACAGUAGCAAUAUUGAUAUCUGUCGUAUAUUAUUCGAUGAGAGGGAAGAUUAUAUCAGGUGUGAAUGUCAUAUUUCAGCCGCACCAGCAAAAGCUAAGGUCACUGUCCACUGCCAAGACCCGUAACCUUAUUUUGUGCCCUGAUGUAUAUAUCCCAACACGGUAUAAAGUAGAAACAGCCUUGUUCAUACUGUAAAAUUAAGUCAGUGGAAAGAUGAAAGUAAAGUAACGAAAACAGAUAGUUGUCUUUGUAUAGUGAGUUGUGUGUGGUGCUUGGUAAAUUUGUGAAUCGAAACAAACCAUGUGUCGUGUACAAAGGCGCCCCGUAGGCCUAUGUAAGUAAGUGUUUAUGUUAAUUCUUUUGUCAAGUCUUCAGUGCAAUGUAUUAUUGACUUGGAGAUAAGAACUGCAGUCCAGUCCAGGUUUUAUUUUGUCCUAUGUUUUAUUUUAGUGAUUUGUGUUUUUAUUUUUUAUUAUUAUUGAAUUUCACUUGUUUUACACAAAUGCUAAUUAAGCCACAUUUCCCCGCUAAGUUACUGCGUGUAAUGUACUGUACUCUGUACUGUUUUCUGACUAAAUCAAGCAAGCUGACUUAAAGCUUAAAAGGGUAGUUCAGCCAAAAUUAAAAUUCUUACCCCAUUUACUCACCCUUUACUUUUUUUCCUAAAGUGGAAUACAAAUGGAGAUUUUAGGCAGAACAAAGUUGUUAGGUUUCAUUGUAUGGAGAAAAAAAAAGUUGCAAUGAAAUUUAAUGGUGACUAAGGCUGUAAGUACCUAACAUUCUGCUUAACAUCUACUUUUGUGUUCCAAAGAAGAAGGAAAAAAAGUCAUGAGGGUGAGUAAAUUAUUACAGAAUUUUUAUUUUUGGGUAAACUCUCAUUUUAAUAGUUGUGAAUUCUGAAAGUGGUUUUUGAAUUUUGAGAAUUUUUAUUUAAUUUUGUAUUAUAUAUAUAUAUUAGUAUCUCCCUGGUGAAGAGUAAACAGAUAAAAUAACAUUAUGUGUCUUGGUUCGUUCAUGUUUUACAUUUCUUGUUAUGAAUUGCACAUUCACCAGUAGAUGGCAUACAAAGGCUUACUGGAUUUCAUCUGAUCUCAACUAAGAGGCUAUUUGGAAUUACAUCAUAGCAUGCUACUAAUUUUCCAAGAAUGGAACACCCGGAAAACCUACUACAACAUUUACCAAAAUGUGCAGUAUAUGAAAUGAGGAAUACUAUAUUUCA